CGCUCUCCCAGCAUCCAUUGCGUUCCGGCGCUGCUGUACUUCGUCCGGCUGCCCUGGGCCGUUGUUCCCGCGUUCCGGGCUCGGCGCUCCGGGCUUCCCAGGGCUGGGCCCGGGACGCGGCUGCCCGCCAUGGCGCAGCUGGAGGGUUAUUAUUUCUCGGCCGCCCUGAGCUGCACUUUCCUGGUGUCCUGCCUGCUCUUCUCCGCUUUCAGCCGCGCUCUGCGUGAGCCUUACAUGGAUGAGAUCUUCCACCUGCCGCAGGCGCAGCGCUACUGUGAGGGCCGCUUCUCCCUGUCACAGUGGGAUCCUAUGAUUACUACGUUGCCUGGCCUGUACCUGGUGUCAGUUGGAGCGGUCAAACCUGCCAACUGGAUCCUUGGAUGGUCCGAGCACGUCGUCUGCUCCAUUGGCAUGCUCAGAUUUGUCAAUCUUCUCUUCAGUGUCGGCAACUUCUAUUUACUGUAUUUGCUUUUCAGGAAGGUACAACCCAGAAACAAGGCUUCUUCAAGUAUCCAGAGAAUCCUGUCAACGUUAACCCUAGCAGUAUUUCCGACCCUCUAUUUUUUUAACUUUCUUUACUAUACAGAAGCUGGGUCUGUAUUCUUCACUCUUUUUGCUUAUUUGAUGUGUCUUUAUGGCAACCAUAGGACUUCGGCCUUGCUUGGAUUUUGUGGCUUCAUGUUCCGUCAGACCAACAUCAUCUGGGCUGCCUUCUGUGCAGGACACAUCAUUGCACAGAAGUGCAGUGAAGCCUGGAAAACUGAACUACAGAAGAAGAAGGAAGAGAGGCUUCCCCCUGUUAAGGGACCACUCUCGGAACUCAGAAGAGUUCUGCAGUUUCUGCUGGUGUAUUCCAUGUCCUUUAAGAACCUGAGUACGCUUUUCCUUUUGACCUGGCCCUAUAUGCUUCUGCUCUUGGCAUUUUUCGCAUUUGUGGUAGUUAAUGGUGGGAUUGUUGUUGGCGAUCGGAGCAGUCACGAGGCCUGUCUCCAUUUCCCUCAGUUGUUCUACUUCCUCUCCUUUACUGCCUUCUUCUCUUUCCCUCACCUACUCUCUCCGACCAAAGUCAAGACUUUCCUUAGCUUAGUUUGGAAGCGUAGAGUUCAGUUCUCUGUGAUUGCGUUAGUCUCUGUAGUGUUGGUUUGGAAAUUCACUUAUGUCCAUAAGUAUUUACUGGCAGACAAUAGGCAUUACACAUUUUAUGUGUGGAAAAGAGUAUUUCAGAGACAUGAAGUUGUCAAAUAUUUAUUAGUUCCAGCCUACAUUUUUGCUGGUUGGGCUGUAGCUGACUCUUUAAAAUCAAAGUCAAUUUUCUGGAAUUUAAUGUUUUUUGUAUGCUUGGUUGCUUCUACAGUUCCUCAGAAACUACUAGAAUUCCGUUACUUCAUUUUACCAUACAUUAUUUAUAGGCUUAACAUACCUCUGCCACCCAUAUCUAGACUUGUUUGUGAACUGGGUUGGUAUACAGUUGUUAAUCUUCUAACUUUUUAUAUCUUUCUGAACAAGACUUUUCAGUGGCCAGAUAGUCAGGACAUCCAAAGGUUCAUGUGGUAGAGGCAGGAAUAUUCUGCACUUCACAAGACUAUUUCUACAACAGAUAACUGGGCAAGAGAAGUGGAAUUUCUUUUAAGUAAAUUCAGGGAAAUGAAAAGAAUUAAGUUUGAGACUAGCCUAAAAGCUCUGAGUAAUAUAGUUGAAUAAAGUUGCUUGCAGUUGUCUUGACAAUCUCUUCAGAGGUUUGGGGGAACUUGUGUGCGCGCGCGUGCGCGUGUGUGCGCACGUUCAGGGGACUGGGUAAGCUCCACAGCACUAGAACCUAUUCACCCUUCUUUUGUAAAGAACAGCAAAGAAUCUGUUUACAAAUAAAUGACCCAGCAGUAUUUCUGAGUAAAAUUGCCAGAUAAUUGUAAUCAAUAUAGCUCCGAUCUUAGAAUAGAUGUACAGACAUAAGGCUUUGGGAUGUCUGAGAAACAGGUAUUUUAAUUUAGGGUAAAGGAAUGAUGAAGCCAUUUGAACUAACCCCUUUUUAUAAGUUUAUGCAGGCCAAAGAUAAAGUGUUUUGAUUAUAACACUUUUUAUAGAUAAUCUUUCUGAAAUACUGCUCUGUUAUCCAGGGCUCCUGCACAAAACCAACCACAAACCUUGUGGCUUCAAAGGUUUUCCUCACAUUUAUAUUGGCAGCACCUAAACUCAAGUGUUGGCAGAGCCCAUUCCUUCAGGAGAUGAAAAUCCAGUGUCCCUGUUCAGAUCACUCCAGCAACUACUUAGAAGGGCCUCACUUUUGGACAGGUCCCUCCUGUCUAUCUGUGUCUUCAUAGGACUGUCACCACUGCCUUCUUACGCAGUUAAUGCCAUUGGGUUUAGGGAUCGUCUGAUUCAGGAUAAUUUUACCUGGAGACCUUUGAUUAUAUCUAGAAAAAUGUUUAAGGUCCCAUUCAUAGGACCCACAUUAUUUUGGUGUGUGUGUUAAGAUGUGCUUGAUGAGAGAGGCAAAAAACAACAACAAAAAGCCAAAUGGCUGAGGUCAUGUAAUUUACAUGUUGAUACUUUUAAGGUAGAGGCUUGGUUAACGUUGCUUGGGCAGUUAACAAGUUGAUGGUCAUUUGCUGAUAAGUUUCUCCAUCUUUGUAACUAAGUAUGUGAGAGAAAAAGGCUUCACACAGCAGGGCGGUUCACUUUCGGUUGCUCAAAGUAACAGACCCAUCUCUGAAAUCAUUUCACUUGGGAAAAAAGUCAUUGGUUUUACAAAUAUAUUUCUGCUUUAAAGUUUUAAAAAGAAUUAUCAAGUAUUUUUCAUUAGACUUAGUUGAAUGCAUUGGUUAGUGCAUCAGGGGCUGAGUAGUUCAAAGGUUGAACCAUCCUUGCAGGGACCCCAGGGUAGUUCCUAGACCUAGGGCAGCACAUAACCACUUCCCUCUCCACCUCUAGGGCACUGAUUGCAGGCCUCUGGCUCAGCAGUCUCCUGUACUCACCUGCACAGAACCCUACUGCCCACACACAUAUUGAAGUUAAACAUUCUAAAAGGUCAUUGUAGACAGUAUCACCUGCUGAAGGGGUUUGGAGCUCUACGUUCUUGAUCAGGUCACUCUUCCAGUAGGAUAUUUUAAAGCCUUUGUGAAAAGGCCUAGUCUUUUGUCUGAACUGCUUUAGGCUCAGUAAUCAGUUUAACCAGCUCCACUUCAUGUGAAAAUCCACAGGCAUAGCCUCCUUUCCCAGACCUAUUAGUAAGAGUGUGUGUGCAGUGUAUGUACCUACAUUCUCCCUUUAUGGCUGCAUCUCACCAAGUGAUGUGGAAGUAGUGUUUUGUACUUGACACCUAGUACAUAAUCUUGGAGGAAUUUCUUUUUUCAUGGACAUCUAUGUUUGUCUUGUUAUAAAAUACCCACCAUAAACGAUGCAAUUUACUUGUAGGGAAUAGUUUAGGAUGUGAUGUAUUUCUAGUGUGCGCAUAACUGACUUGACAUGCUCAUCACCUUUGUCGAGAGAGGAGAAAAGGGACUCACGGCUUUCAUUUAUAAUUUCUAGAGAGUGAACAUAUAUUUUAGGACCAGUUCAAACUGUAUUCAGAUAAAAUUAUGUUUAUUACCUUAGAUCAAUUAGAAAGUCUUUAAAUAAUAAAGACAAGUGUAAUAAUGUACAUAUUUUUUCAUACAGGAAAUUAAGAUUAUAGGGAAAAAUGUCCUUGAUUUUGGUUCAAGAAUAAAAAAACAGAUUAUUGAAGGACAGUUGUUUGUUCCUAAUCUCAGAUGAGAAUGUUAUGUCUGAACUCUAGUUAGUACCUGGUCUGAGUCCUACUGUGUUUCAACAGGGGUUCAUGCCGGAUUGCAUAUCCAUAAAGCUCACAAACAUGCUAUGUGAUGUAAAUUGAGUAAAUUUGUAUUGAAUGGAGUUUUCAGUAUAGAAGGAAGCAGAUAUUCUACACAUGUACGUGUAACUGACUGAAUCUUAGGAAGUAAAUUGUGUUUUACAAUAAGAGCUAUCCUGACCCCUGUUCUUGAAUGUCAUUUUCUGUAGUGAUGGGUGCAGACAUGCAGAUUUACUACGCACUGUCUACAGUAGGAUAUGGCUUUAAUUGCAUUUAAAAUGCAAAGUCUGUUCAGUAUUAUAGUAAGUUUUGAUGAUUUGUCUUACUUUAAUCCUGAAAUUUCAUCCAGUUAGAAACAUCUUCUGUUUAGUUUUAGCUCUCUAGAGGAUUUACUUACUUUGAGUGCGGUUUAUGUAUUUGGAGUCAAUGGCAAUAAUGCUGUUUAGAAAUAUAUAAUAAAUUAGAUACUGGUGAUAUAAUUUUAAGAUAUUCAAGAUUCCAGCACUAAUUCCAUAAUGUUUGGAAGUUAUUUCUAAAGUAAAUUUUGUGAUAAUAGGUAAUCCAAUAAUCUCUUUAUAUUAUUUAAGAUGCGGUAUUGAUUAGUGGCAAUUUCUUUGUACCUUAGACACUGGCAAAGCAAAAAUAGGGUGUAUUUUUCUUUCAAAAAAGUAAAUAUUAUAUGGAGUUUGCAUUCAGAAAUGUGAUCAGUUCAGUUUAUUUGUGCCCUGUAUUUACCACUGUCCUGCUCAAGAUGAGUAGGAAUGAAAAGAAUUACAGUAGUAGUUGUCUUUACCAAUAGUGUUUUGCUGGUUGAUACACACGCACACGCGUGCACACACACACAUGCACACACGCACACGCGCACACACACGCACACGCGCGCACACACACACGCACACAUGCACGCACACACGCACACACACACACACACACACACACGCACACGCGCACACACACACACACGCAUGUACAUCAUAAAGCUGUGAGCUUUUGCCAUUCUGCUUCACUAGCAAAGCUCACUAAGAGAAACUCUGGAGGGAGGUCUCUGCUCUGUACUGGUCAGACCUCAGCAUGUUACUGUGUGAGUUACGUGUUUCUGAAAUUGUUAGGAGCUUUUAAGAGGAACAAGAAUCAAAUGGUAAACACAUAGGUUUGAUUACAAGACGAAUUGUUAAAUUGUUAAUGUUUAAUUAGAAAGCAUAGCUCCCAUAACAAUAAAUUCUUAUAGUUACUUGAAACCAUUAUAUGUUUUACACUGCUUUAAAUGUACAUCAGAGGUCAACAAAUAGGUUGUAACUCACACACACACACACACAAAACCCCACACCUUUUUCUUUUUAAUUACAUAGUCUCUUCAGGGGAAUAGAGCUCCCUCAAAUAAGUUUUGUACUUACUGAAAACAUUUCAUCAGGAAAGCUUCAGGACUUGAGAUAUGGCAUAGUGUCUUUUCAAGGGGUCUCAAAACCUGCCAUUUUAAACGUGGGUUUAUUGCAGCUGAUAUUCUUUCUAUUUGGUAAACCAAGUUUAAGAAUCUCUUGAAGUAUUCUGCCUUUCAUAUAUUUUGUUUCUGAAAUAAAGUGGAUGUUCAGCUCUUGUUAUCUUGUUUUUGAAAUUUAGUUAUACAACCAAGCCAAAGGUGGUAUAAAAUUUAAGUGUACCAGUAAUGUAAUAUUUAUCUUACAUACAUUUGUGUUUCUUUGUCAGUAGAAAAAUGUAUUUGGGUUUCCCUUGUAGUGAUGAAUAGGAAAGUGCUGUGUAAUAAAAAUUUGUAAUGAAAACAUUUAUUAGGUGAUGACAAUGUGCUACACUUUAACGUAUUCUUGUAAUGUAACUUUUUCUACUAGUCUAGAUUAAACUUUUAAUAGUUUUGUAUUGUUUUGAACUAUGAAGAUUUACAAUUCUCCACCUUUGUUAAUUAUUGUUUGUUGUUCAGGAAGGGUCUCAUAAUCCAGGCUAACCUGGAAUUUACAAUGUAGCCAAGUAUGACCUUGAACUCCUGAUUCUUUGCUUCUACCUCUGGACUGCUGGAGUCACAGGUAUGUUGCAGCAUGCCCAGUUUAUGCAGUGCUGGGGAUCAAACAUAGGACUUAAAGCCUGCUAGGCAAGUACUCUACCAGCUGGGCUACAUGCUCAGCCCUGCUUCUUAUACUGUGACUGAGAAUGUUUCCUGAUUUACAUAAGUGAAGGUAAAUGUAAAACCAAAACUCGUUUGUUCAUGAAGAUGUCUCAGAUGAUAUGACCUAACGUUCCCUGCCAUGGAACUGUUUACCUCAUGGAUUUGGGGUUUGUUUCUGAUAGUGGUAAUAGGUUUGGAAACAGCCUGUACUAUCUGCUCCUGUCUCACUGUUUCUCAGUUCUCUUGUGUUAACUGUACCACAUACAUGAAGAAACUGAGGGGAGGGUGUGUAUUUGUCUAAUAUUAGAAACUAAGCAGAAAGCGAUUGUCUAGUGUUACAAAGUAGCUAUGUGAGCUGGGUUUAUGAGUAGGCAGCCUGACAAGAAUCUGGGCUCAAGCUGCAGCUGAUUGGAGGGAGUGGAAAAGGACACUAAAUCUACCUUCAUUUUUGUAACAUUUUAGAAAAAAAAUUCCAUGGAAAAUAGAACCCCACUACUCUUCUAGAUCAGACAGUUGAGGCACAUACAAGCUGUCUCUUCCAGAGGACACAAUAAGCCUCACAUUGUGUGAACACAAAAUCUACAACAUGGCUGAAGUUGUCAGCCCUAUUUUCGAGGAAGCAAAGAUCUUUGAUAUCUGAUAGAGAUGUAGUUGCUUAAAACUUCAUUUCUCAAAAGAACUUUGGAAAUAAAUGGUUGUUCUAAACCGAUCUGUGAUUUUUAAUUCUUUCUGAAAGAAUUUGAUCUUUAUUUCAAAUAUGUGAAUAUAUGUUUUGGACGUUUUUUAAGGUUUUACAUUUUGUUACAUUAAAAACUGCAAAUGUUUGACUCUAAAAUUGUGAUUCAUGUCAUUUAAACUCUUGAGUAAACCUAUUUAUAAGAAUAAAAGCUUUUAAAACAGUCA